CCGAAUUUUCCAACAGCUCAAUUCCUUCAAUACAAAAAGCACUCACACGUUAAAAAAGAACCAACCACUCUCUUUACUUGUUUCUCAAAACUCCAUAUAUAUACAUAACACAAUCCUCUCCCUUCUCUUCAAUCAACCUUCAACUCCCCAAUUUCUCUACACUCUCAAAUCAUACUCAUUUUACACAUAUUGAGUUGAAACGGAAUUAAUAUCUAUAGUUGCACGAGAUAUCUUGAAACACUAAUAUAAAAUGUCGCAAACAAUAGAGAUAACAAUUUUGUCAGCGGAGAAUCUCCAAGAAAACAAAAAAGCCAUAAAAGGAAACACAUUUGUCACGGUUCAAUGUGACGGAAGCAAUAAUGAAGUGAGCACCACGAAACUUGAUUCUGAAGGCGGAAGUUAUCCUACAUGGAACGAGAAGGUAGUGAUCGACUUGCCAUUACAUGCAAGGUUCGUUACAAUAGAGGUGAAGUACAAAACUAGAGGAAGUAGUAGUAAUAGUGUUGGAAUAGCUAGAGUACCUGUUUCCGAUUUUCUUGGAGGGUAUGUACAUGAAAAUCAACUGCAAUUUUUAAGUUAUAGGUUGUGGGAUAAUAGAGUUAUGAGAAAUGGGGUUGUAAAUAUUUCAGUGAAGGUAAAAAUGUCCCAACAAAAUUCUUGCUCGAGUUCGAUGUCAUCGACGAUGAAUGGAGUUCCAGUAACUGGCGUUCCGGUGGCCGGUAAUGGCUCCUGCAGCAGAGUUGCAACAGGGAUUCCUGCUGUUUGGUUAAAUUACCAAAGACACAUUUGAAAGGCUACAUUGUAAUCAUCAUGUACAUUAAAAACAGAAAGCAUACAUUUCCAUACUGACAAUACACGUGGGAAUUAAAUUUGUCUCAAUUUGUAUAUUUA